ACCGAUAAUGUUAGCAGCAGAGAAUGGCCACAAGAACGUCUUUGAUCUACUGGUGAAAAAAAGAUGCAGUUUGUCAACAGUGGAUGAUUCAGGUGGAAACAUUCUUCAUUGCGCUUGUGUUGGUGGCAAUGUACAGAUUGUUGAGUACAUUAUCUCACAACGCUCAGUUAAUCUAACCAGAAAAGAUAAAGAAGGACAAACACCGAUUAUGUUAGCAGCAGAGAAUGGCCACAAGAACGUCUUUGAUCUAAUGGUGAGGAAAAGAUGCAAUUUGUCAACAGUGGAUGAUUCAGGUGGAAACAUUCUUCAUUGCGCUUGUGUUGGUGGCAAUGUACAGAUUAUUGAGUACAUUAUCUCACAUGGGUUAGUUGAUCUAACCAGAAAAGAUAGAGAAGGGCAAACACCGAUAAUGUUAGCAGCAGAGAAUGGCCACAAGAACGUCUUUGAUCUACUGGUGGACAAAGGAUGCAGUUUGUCAACAGUGGAUGAUUCAGGUGGAAACAUUCUUCAUUGCGCUUGUGUUGGUGGCAAUGUACAGAUUGUUGAGUACAUUAUCUCACAACGCUCAGUUAAUCUAACCAGAAAAGAUAAAGAAGGACAAACACCGAUUAUGUUAGCAGCAGAGAAUGGCCACAAGAACGUCUUUGAUCUACUGGUGAAAAAAAGAUGCAGUUUGACAACAGUAGAUGAUUCAGGUAGAAACAUUCUUCAUUGCGCUUGUGUUGGUGGUAAUGUACAGAUUGUUGAGUACAUUAUCUCACAAGGCUCAGUUGAUCUAACCAGCAAAGAUAAAGAAGGGCAAACACCGAUAAUGGUAGCAGCAAAGAAUGGCCACAAGAACGUCUUUGAUCUACUGGUGGACAAAGGAUGCAGUUUGACAACAGUAGAUCAAUCAGGUAGAUACAUCCUUCAUUGCGCUUGUGUUGGUGGCAAUGUACAGAUUGUUGAGUACAUUAUCUCACAAGGCUCAGUUGAUCUAACCAGCAAAGAUAAAGAAGGGCAAACACCGAUAAUGUUAGCAGCAAAGAAUGGCCACAAGAACGUCUUUGAUCUACUGGUGGACAAAGGAUGCAGUUUGACAACAGUAGAUCAAUCAGGUAGAAACAUCCUUCAUUGCGCUUGUGUUGGUGGCAAUGUACAGAUUGUUGAGUACAUUAUCUCACAAGGCUCAGUUGAUCUAACCAGCAAAGAUAAAGAAGGGCAAACACCGAUAAUGGUAGCAGCAAAGAAUGGCCACAAGAACGUCUUUGAUCUACUGGUGGACAAAGGAUGCAGUUUGACAACAGUAGAUAAAUCAGGUAGAAACAUUCUUCAUUGCGCUUGUGUUGGUGGCAAUGUACAGAUUGUUGAGUACAUUAUCUCACAUGGCCCAGUUGAUCUAACCAGAAAAGAUGGAGAAGGGCAAACACCGAUAAUGUUAGCAGCAGAGAAUGGCCACAAGAACGUCUUUGAUCUACUGGUUGACAAAAGAUGCAGUUUGACAACAGUAGAUGAUUCAGGUGGAAACAUUCUUCAUUGCGCUUGUGUGGGUGGCAAUGUACAGAUUGUUGAGUACAUUAUCUCACAAGGCUCAGUUGAUCUAACCAGCAAAGAUAAAGAAGGACAAACACCGAUUAUGUUAGCAGCAGAGAAUGGCCACAAGAACGUCUUUGAUCUACUGGUGAAAAAAAGAUGCAAUUUGACAACAGUAGAUGAUUCAGGUGGAAACAUUCUUCAUUGCGCUUGUGUUGGUGGCAAUGUACAGAUUAUUGAGUACAUUAUCUCACAAGGCUCAGUUGAUCUAACCAGCAAAGAUAAAGAAGGACAAACACCAAUUAUGUUAGCAGCAGAGAAUGGCCACAAGAACGUCUUUGAUCUACUGGUUGACAAAAGAUGCAGUUUGACAACAGUAGAUGAUUCAGGUGGAAACAUUCUUCAUUGCGCUUGUGUGGGUGGCAAUGUACAGAUUGUUGAGUACAUUAUCUCACAAGGCUCAGUUGAUCUUACCAGCACAGAUAGAGAAGGGCAAACACCGAUAAUGGUAGCAGCAGAGAAUGGCUACAAGAACGUCUUUGAUCUACUGGUGAACAAAGGAUGCAGUUUGACAACAGUAGAUGAUUCAGGUAGAAACAUCCUUCAUUGCGCUUGUAUCGGUGGCAAUGUACAGAUUGUUGAGUACAUUAUCUCACAAGGCUCAGUUGAUCUAACCAGCAAAGAUAAAGAAGGGCAAACACCGAUAAUGUUAGCAGCAAAGAAUGGCCAAAGGAACGUCUUUGAUCUACUGGUGAACAAAGGAUGCAGUUUGACAACAGUAGAUGAUUCAGGUGGAAACAUUCUGCAUUGCGCUUGUGUCGGUGGCAAUGUACAGAUUGUUGAGUACAUUAUCUCACGAGGCUCAGUUGAUCUAACCAGAAAGGAUAGAGAAGGGAAAACACCGACAAUGUUAGCAGCAAAGAAUGGCCACAAGAACGUUUUUGAUCUACUGGUGAACAAAGGAUGCAGUUUGACAACAGUAGAUCAAUCAGGUAGAAAAAUCCUUCAUUGCGCUUGUGUUGGUGGCAAUGUACAGAUUGUUGAGUACAUUAUCUCACAAGGCUCAGUUGAUCUAACCAGCAAAGAUAAAGAAGGGCAAACACCGAUAAUGUUAGCAGCAAAGAAUGGCCACAAGAACGUCUUUGAUCUAAUGGUGAACAAAGGAUGCAGUUUGACAACAGAAGAUGAUUCAGGUAGAAACAUCCUUCAUUGCGCUUGUGUUGGUGGCAAUGUACAGAUUGUUGAGUACAUUAUCUCACAAGGCUCAGUUGAUCUACCCAGAACAGAUAAAGAAGGGCAAACACCGAUAUUUGUAGCAGCAAAGAAUGGCCACAAGAACGUCCUUGAUCUACUGGUUGACAAAAGAUGCAGUUUGACAACAGUAGAUCAUUCAGGUAGAAAUAUCCUUCAUUGCGCUUGUGUUGGUGGCAAUGUACAGAUUGUUGAGUACAUUAUCUCACAAGGCUCAGUUGAUCUAACCAGCAAAGAUAAAGAAGGACAAACACCGAUAAUGUUAGCAGCAAAGAAUGGCCACAAGAACGUCUUUGAUCUACUGGUGAACAAAGGAUGCAGUUUGACAACAGUAGAUGAUUCAGGCAUCUGAAAAUGGCCAAGGGCCUGUGGAGAGACGAUCAGUGUAGCAAUGUUGUUCCUUCUUACAAUGAAAAUAGCAAGUAUGGUGAUGUUCGGAUUCCGAUGUAGGAUGGAAAUAAUUUAUGUAUUAGAAGAACUUCAGAAGUGAAGGUCAUUUCACAAACCUAUCAGUAAGACUGGACUGUAUCAUCUGUGGUUUUACAAACUUAUUGAAAAGUAGCAUGUCUACGUGUUCUCAUUGUAAGUUUGUUUUCAUAUAGACUAUGCUAGAUAUUCAUAUUACUUGUUCAAUAUUAAGUAUUUCGAUAUAUGUUUUUACAAUCAAGGUAGGAGACAUAAUGAGUGAGUGAGUGAGUGAGUAUAGUUUUGCGCCGCGUUUAGUAAUAUUCCAGCAAUAUCACGGCGGGGGACACCAGAAAUGGACUUCACACAUUGUACUCAUGUCGGGAAUCGAACCCGGGUCUUCGGCGUGACGAGCGAACGCUUUAACCACUAGGCUACCCGACUGCCCCAGAAGACAUAAUGAAAAACUAUUGAAUGCAAUGUUUGAAGUAGAAAGUGAUUAGUCUUACACAUGGGUACAAUAUUUGUAACGCUUCAUGACAAUGGACAGAGAGUAGAAGUCAGUUGCUUCAAUUUCUUAUGAUAACAAUGGAUUCUGUUGUUUUUGUUUGCAAUGAUGAAUGCAUCAAAGGACGUUUUUAGUACUUGAUCUUGAUAAUGAUUCUUUUCGCUCAGACAGCAAUAUGGUUAACUACAUGAUUGUAUGUACAAACUCCAAACAUGACAGUAUAUUUUGUGAAUUCAAGUUCAGUAUUACUGUUGAUUAAUAUUUCUACCUGUGACCAGAAAUACUUGACGUUUUCACAUUCAUAAUAAUUAUGUGAUAAAUCUUCUUUAUAGCACUUACAGAAUGUACAAAUAUCACCAUCAACUAAGUUCAUCACAAGUAAUUCUUUCUUGUUCUAUCGGCAAAAUUUAUGAUUCCAUUUUCAUUACAAUUAUCGCUUAUAAAAUGCACACCAUGAUGAAACCAAAUGCCUCAUAUGAAGAUUCAAAAUGAUCAUUUAACCAAAGUGGUUAAACCGUGAUUUGUUCUAUAUCAUCCUUAUCAAACUCAUGUUUCUAUUAAAUAUGCCCCAUACAGUCAACUAUCCCUCUAAUAAGGCAAGUAUUCUGUUUAUAAUGUCUACUGUCGGUUCAUUGUAUUGAGUACUCAUAGGUCUUUUAAUGAAGGGUUUAGUUCAAUACCUAAGAUUUCAAAAUCUCCUUUGUACCAGUCUAGUUUUAAAUCAUUACUUAAAGGUAUAUUAUUUCUCGACAUUGCACAUAUCCAGGCUGCUUUAGUCUUAUCAACAUUCUUUAUAAGGCCAAACAUUCAACAAAAUUUAUAUAGUGUAUCUAUGGCAGCAUUUAGGAUAUUUUCGGGUCCAUUCUGAAAGAGUUGGGUAUCAUCAGCAUAUUGUCCUAAUUUAUGUUCAAGUUUAUUGUCAUACCCUUUAUGUUAGAAUUAACCCUGAUCAUUAUACCUAAUAUUUCGAAUACAAAUAUGAAUAGAUAGGGAGAUACAGGCUCUCCUUGUCUACACCCCUUUCUAACCAAAAAAGAUUAAAUAUCCCCAUAAUAAUGAAGGCAGGAGGCAAAAAAUCGAUAUAUGCAUCAAAAACUGUCCUUUUUGUGAUCAAGGUAUAUAGGAUGAAUAUCAUCAUCUACUUCUAUGUAUCAUGCGUAUGAUAGAAGAGCUAUUUGUUAAACAAUGCUUAAAAUUAUGUAUUCUGUCACUACCAAACUUGUAUAUAGGUGUAUGCCCUUCACACUGAAUUAGGCAUUGAUUGAUUGAAAUCUAAUACUUGUUCAUUAAACUGCUUUGAGACUGUGUCAAAAGCUUUUUCAAAAUCAAUUAAUAACAUCAAGCCUGGCUUAUUUAACUCUCCAGUUUCAAAGAUAAUAACAAAGAGUUUUUUUUUUUCCAGUUAUACAUCUUCCAGGAAUAAACCCCAUGGUCCCUAGUAUGGUGAUCUCCCUUUAGUUACUGACGAUACCUAGCCCAUUUUUAUAUUGUGUUGUACACUGAUACUUAUGGCUUGUAUAUAUUCUCAACUAGUUUUAAAUUGAAUCUGUGAUAUUCUAGUUAUUGUACUGUCCUUCGUUGACAGCUUUUUAUUUAAACUUAAUCAAUGUAUUAUUAAUGUACUUCUCGUCACGAUAUGGCUGAAAUACUGCCGAUGUGACGUUAAUUCUUAACUCACUCACUCACUCCAGGAAUAAAUCCUGUUUGGUUGUCAUGUAUAACUGUAUUCAAUGUUGUCUUUAGUCUAUUUGCAAUACAUGUACGUAUCAUUUUAUAAAGGAAAAUGAACAAUGUAAUUGGACGCCAAAUUA